AUCAGCACUUUCAAUUAACACGCCCCUUUUGUACUCGGCAGUCCUGGAGUGCUGGACCUUUUUUUUGUUUGAAAGGACUUCUUUUAGGGGUAGACGAAAGGACUUCUUUUAGAGUAGGCUAAUCUGACAGAAUAAAAGACGAUGAAUUGGUUCAAAGUUCCAUGCCUCAAGCUAGCGAUCAGUAAAGCUCUGGGAUAUGGAAUUGUCGUUGGCUCAUCUAUCAUCAAGAUCCCACAGAUUAUAAAGGUGGUGAAUGCUGGCAGUGUAGUAGGACUUAGCCUGAUGUCAUUCUUUACCGAGCUUGUCGCCACCACAGCUACUUCUGCCUACAGCCUUGUGAAAGGAUUCCCAUUUAGCACUUGGGGGGAAAGCUUCUUUCUGUGCAUCCAGACAUCGCUACUCAUCAUCCUCUACUUUCACUUUAACCGCAAGCCCAUGAUUGCAGCUUUAUUCUGUGGCCUCUAUGCCGUUAGCGUCUAUGUUCUGCUUUCAGACAAGGUCUCCCUUGAUAUACACACCAAGCUGGUGUCUUUGAAUGUGCCUUUGAUGGCUAUCAGUAAGUUACUCCAGAUCGUUGCCAACUUUCGCAAUGGCCACACAGGGCAGCUCUCCUUCAUCAUGGUAUUUCUUCUGUUCGUUGGUGCCAUUGCCAGAAUCUUCACCACCGUCCAGGAAACUGGAGACACCAUCAUGCUGGCAACAUACUGCAUGACCACAGCACUGAAUGGAAUCCUGGUCGCCCAAGUCUUGUUCUAUUGGAACGUCAAGGUUGAUACUCACCAGAAGAGAGAUUAGAAGAUAAGGAAAUUUAUAAUGGUGUUGGCAUUUGGCUUGGCCUUCUUCUUUGACUUUCACCUUGACUUUUAAUGUCACCUUUGACUUUCACCUUGACUUUUUUCUAGACAUUAACCUUGACUUUCACCUUGUCCUGAAUCAAUUUUGGCGAAUUUUCUUUUGACUUCCACCUUAAGCAAGUCCUUUUUUAUGGUUUGCAAUCAAUGUUGCAAGACCAAUUUUGUAAAGAAAUUACCAUAUAACCUUUCAAAAAAUAUUUCAUUUGCCAAAUUACAUAAAAUUAUUGCAAUAGCAUCUCUUAUGCAGACGAUGAAAAUGGAUGAUUUCUCACUUGGUGUUUCGCUAGGAUAAUAAGAUCUGACAGAGACAUUUUAACGUGUAUGUUCACCUUACACUUGUACUUUAUUUAUUUACUUUACGUUUAACGAGGAUCUUUCAGGGUGCUGGGCAUUAAAUUAUAUUUUUUGGAAAAAAUGUGGAAUUUUUUAUUAGAUUUGUAUUAUUUUGGCAUGUUUAAAGGUGUUCCAAAAUUUCACUCCAUUCAGACCCUUUUUGUACUUCACUUAAGCUUAUUUGUUUGUUCAUUUUUAUGCUGCGUCAUUGUUAUAUUUUAAUUUUAUAUGUUGUCUCAUAACGAGGAAACAUUUUCUUGGGGAUUUUAGUUCAGUCAAUGUAUUUCUACUUUUUGUACACGUUGGGUUUUAUACUCGGAUUAUUAAUUUGAUUAAAGUUGUGCUCUUUA